AUGAUACAUCAAGACCAACCAAACGGCGCCGUCGCAGCCGCAACCACUACCAAUGGCACCAGCGCGACGGCUCCUAGCACUACCGCUACUACGACAACCCCUUCCUCCUCACACCAUCCUGUCCCCUUCAUUCCCCAGACCUUCACGAACAACGACUCGGACGCGUCGGCAAGAAGCCUCAUCCUCGCCCUCCGUCCCGACUGGUCCUCCCCCGACUCGUCGAUCGAAUUCGUCCGCUUCACCGACGGCAUCACCAACACCCUCCUCAAGGCCGUCCACCGGCGCCCAGGCCUAUCCAAGGACGAUGUCGACCGCGAGGCCAUCCUGCUCCGGGCCUACGGCAACGGCACCGACCUGAUCAUCGACCGUGCCCGCGAGACCCAGAACCACGAGCUCCUGAUGCAGCACGGCCUGGCCCCCGAGCUGCUGGCCCGCUUCGAGAACGGCAUGAUGUACAGGUUUAUCCGCGGCACCGUCACCCACCCCGAGGGCCUGCGCCGGAGGGACGUCUAUCUUGCCGUGGCCAGGCGCCUGGCCCAGUGGCACGCCACCGUGCCCUGCCUGCCCGGCAAGACCCACCUGAGCGAGAAGAUGAACGGCCACGCCGCCGACGUCCUCAAGUGUGUUGACGCCGGCUCCAGAACUUUUGAGACCCUGCAGGAGGCUGUCGACGGCGCCUGCCCUGGGAAACGGGCUCCCAACAUCUGGACCGUCAUGCAGAAGUGGAUCUUUGCGUUGCCCACCGAUACCCAGGCCCAGAAGGAGAGGCAGGCCCUGCUGCAGCGCGAACUGGCCAGGCUGGUGGCCGAGCUGAGCCCUCGUCCGGGCUUGGGCAGUGACGGUCUCGUAUUUGCCCAUUGCGAUCUCCUGUGCGGGAACGUCAUCGUCCUCCCCAAAGGUGAGGCCACCUCACUGCCCGACAUACCGGCACCAGUUUCCACCACCAGCAAUGCCGACGACGAGUCAGUAUCAGUCACCUUCAUCGACUACGAGUAUGCAGUGCCCUCGCCUGCCGCCUUCGACCUGGCCAACCACUUCGCCGAGUGGGGCGGCUUCGACUGCGACUUCAGCGUGCUCCCCACAAGAUCCCAGAGGCGCGAGUUCGUCGCCGAGUACGUGCGGUCCUACUUUGCCCUGGCUGGGGGCGCGUACGACCACGACGCCGAGGUCCAGAGGCUCACGGCCGAGGUCGACGUCUACCGCGGCGUGCCGGGCUUCUACUGGGGCAUCUGGUCCCUGAUCCAGGCCACCAUCUCCCAGAUCGACUUCGACUACGCCUCAUACGCUGAGGUCCGGCUCGGCGAGUACUGGGCCUGGCGGGCCGAGGUCGACGGGACCAGGCUGGCCAAGGGCGAGAACAUGCCGCUGAGGGAGAUGCGGUGGGCCGAGGAGUAG